AUGAAAGGUAACAGCUCGGAGGAACAUCUCAGCACUUCAGCGUCCAUUGUACUAUCAGUGUGGUUCUCCUUGUCUGGUUUAGCCGCUGUAACUGGAAAUGUGGUUGCGUUGUGGCUGUUCUACAAACACAAGUCUUUACGAACAAUUUCAAACCGAUUUUUAGCCUCGUUAUCCAUGGCGGACGCUUUUGUCGGCCUUGUCAUAGAUCCUGUUUUGAUUGUUAUCAUAUGUUGGAUUCGGCCAGAAGUUCAUAGCAAUUUGUUUCUGAUUUUUAUAAUGCUGUGGAUUCAUACAACUGCAGCCACUACUUUGAACUCGUGCUGUGUUUCAAUCGACCGUUUUAUUGCGAUUCGGUUUCCUUAUCGGUAUCAGGACAUUUUAACCGAGAGGAGAUGCUUUGCAGUAAUUAUUUUGGUGUGGUUUAUCUCAUUGUGUCUUCCUUUUUUGGUGUUCUUGAGAGAGAGAAACGGUCCAAAUGAACUUCUUGUGUCCAUUGUAUUUACAAUAUGUUUAGUUCCAUUAUUGGUGGUCUGCUUUUGCUAUAUACUCAUUUUCAAAUUAGCCAGAAAACAGUUUAGGAGAAUUUUACUAGCUGAAAAUAUUCCUAACUCAGGCGAAAAUAUAAGAGUUCGUGUCAUGCAAAAUUUCAAAGCUAUCAAAACAGUCGGUUUUGUCUUAAGUGCUUGCAUCAUCACAUGGAUGCCCAGUGUAGUUCUGCUGUUGGUUAAAUUUUAUUAUAUCGAAGAAAAACAUAUAAUUACGAAAGUUGAAUCAGUUGUAUGGCCUUGGGUUCUGGCAAUCGCUGUUUCUUCGUCAGUGAUCAACCCAUUGAUUUACUACUUCAGAAAUAGCGACUUUCGCCGAGCCUUUCGCCGCACCUUCCAU